GCUCACAUCCACACCCUCACCCUCCCGCACUACCCCACCCACCCCGUCCACAUCGCCCUCUUCUGCUCCGUAACCAACGCGCCGCACCUCCGCUCUCAACUCCUCUCCUCCAACUCCGCCUUCGACUACGCCUUCCUCGACGCCACCGUCCUCCUCUCGCCCACGCACCUCCUCCUCGCCGCCCAACUCGCCCUCCACGCACACCUCACGGGCAGAGGCAGGACGCGCACGCCGCACUCGGAACUCGUGUUUCGAUUGCACCCGAACAACAAUAUCGGGGAGGCGUAUCGCAAGGUUGGCAUGGGCGAUGAGAGUGGGCACGUGUUGGUUGUCAAGUUUGGCGGGCUGGAGGAGGAUGUCACCGCAGAGAGUGUAGCGAAGCAUUUGGGGAUGGUGGUUGAGGGCGAAAGUGUAGAGAUUGCAGAGGAGAUGGGGGAGGUGGGUAUGUUUGCGGAUGUGGGCAAGAUUCGGAAGAUAUAUAAGCUGGGCGAGGGCGGGGCCAAGGGAAAGGGGAAGAAGGGGACGGAUGUGAAUGGGGACGGGACGGCACGGGAUGAGCGAAAGGACAUGGAGAGUGUGAUUUUAGGGACGAUGGCGCUGAAGGGGUCGUGA